AUGCGGCUGCCCUGGCUCUUCGGGCGGCUGAAGGCGGCGGUCGUCGGUGUGGUGCACGUGGGAGCGCUGCCAGGAACACCAAGAAGUUCUCUUCCAAUGACCCAGAUCAUUGAUCAAGCUUGUCAAGAAGCAGAAACUUACAAGGAUGCUGGAGUUGAUGGCUUGAUAAUGGAAAACAUGCAUGAUCUUCCUUACACAGUGUGUCCUGGACCUGAAGUAACUGCAGCAAUGACAGUCAUUAGUACUGCAGUGAGAAAAACCUGUCCUGAUCUUGCGCUGGGUGUCCAGAUCCUGUGUGCUGCAAAUCAACAGGCGAUUGCAGUUGCUCUUGCUGCAGGUCUUGAUUUUAUCCGGGCUGAAGGGUUUGUGUUUUCUCAUGUUGCUGAUGAAGGGAUUAUAAAUGCUUGUGCAGGUGACCUGCUACGAUACAGAAAACAAGUUGGAGCAGAGAACAUUCAGGUUUUUGCUGAUAUUAAAAAGAAGCAUAGUGCUCACGCCCUGACGGCAGAUGUCAGCGUGGCCGAGACUGCUGCAGCUGCCGAGCUCUUCCUGGCUGCUGGGGUUGUACUGACUGGCACGGCUACCGGAUUGCCCGCAGAUCCUCGGGAGCUGAAAGAGGUUAAACAUGCUGUGAAGAUUCCUGUGCUGAUUGGGUCUGGAGUGACUCUAGAGAAUGUGAGGAAUUACAUGGAUGCAAACGCUCUAAUAAUUGGUUCGUAUUUCAAGAAAGAAGGGUAUUGGGCAAAUGGUGUUGAUCCUGACCGAGUAAAGAAAUUUAUGGAACACAUAAGUAAACUGAGAGAAUGA